GAGCGAUGUGGAGACCUCUCGGUCACCGUUUUCGCCCGCCAGUCGCGCAAAAACGGCUCGCUCGCUGCGGACAAGCUGCUCGUCGCUCGCUGGCUCGUCAUUUUAAGAUGGCGCAUUGAAGUGAACAGCAGCGCGAAAUUUGUGCCGUGUACCUGCCAAGAAGAUCACUGUGCAAUCACAACCCAAUCUAUCCGGACCCAGUGCCGCCUCAAAACAAAAACAGUGGUGACCGCGAGUGAAAACACGUAAUUUUCGGAAGGUGAUUUGAGUGCUUUUUCGGUGAAAAUCCUAAUUUUCCGCUGGUGAUUUUCGACGGUCUACAGCGCCUCGGUGAAUGGGAAAAAUUUCUCUUCGGCUACGUAGCCCAGACAAGAGGUCAUCCAAAAUGGCGUCCGUUUGCAAGUGAUGAAAAUUUUUCACGGUAGUAAAAAUUAGUUUUAUGUUGUUAAAUGCAGCAUUUUACCGUGGAUUUCAACGUUUUUCGAUGAAUUGGAUAAAACGCAAUAUUCUCAACGUGAAUCCCCGAGGAUCAAAUCGACUUUAGUUUGGAAUUAUAAGGAAAACCCCCUUGGAAUUCGUCAUGAGCCAGUCAAAAGAGGACAAAAGCGACUCGGAAAAUGAGUCCAGCAGUGAUAGCAAGAGCGAGUCCGGUUCGUCGGAUUCGGAGAGCGAGAGCGGAUCCGGAUCGUCCAGUUCCGGGUCCAGUGAUAACGAGGACCACCAGCAGCAGCACAACGAGCGGGACAAUAGCAGUAGUGUGAACACCUCGGCGCAAAACGACAACGAUAAUGCGCAGGAUGGUUCGAAGCCGGAACAAAACGGAACCGCUGCUUCCGGUGACGAGGAGGAGGAGGACGACAACAACUCCAGUGCGAACAACCAUCGGAACGCCAGUAACAAGUCUGGUGACGAGGAUGAGGAAGAGGAGGAAGAAGACGAAGAAGGGGAAGAAGUGAAUAGUAGUGGCGCUGCCGGAACAGAGCAGAUAAACAAUAGCGGUGAGACGAACAACAGCAAGUCUCAAAGCAGUGGCCACUCGGAAGGGUCCGGAUCGGAGGAGGAAAGUGGCGAGGAAGAGGACAACCAGAGCGAGGCCCACAACGGUUCGGAUUCGGACGACAGUGGCAAACCGAGCAACGCCAGCCAGACCCAGGAGGAUGAUGAUGACGACGGUUCCGGAAGUCACAACUCGGACGAAGAGGAAGAGCAGGAGGAGGAAGAGGAGGAACAUUCGUCAAAAAGUAGUUACGAUGAUGAGGACUACGCCGCCAACCGUCGUCGGAACAAUGCACGCAAGAAGGCUGCCGCGGCGCAAGCAAAGCGCAAGGCGGCUUCAACGGCGCCACCCAAGAAGAAAAAGAAGAGCAGUAACCGGUGGAAAUCGGAAACAUCGGAGGACAGCGAUGCCAGUGAACCGGCCAGUUCCGACGAUGAGGACGACAGUCGGAGUUACGGGGCCCGCAGGGCAGCCGCGAAAAAGCGUCCAGCUGCGAAGCCGAAACCUGCGGCAGCCAAGAAAAAGAAACGCGCUGCGGCUUACUCGUCGGAUGAGGCUAGCGAUAGUGGAGGGGAAACGUCACGGCAGGGUCGCAGCCGGAGGAAAACAGCUGUUAGCUAUAAGGAAGCGAGUGGCGAUGAGGUGACUGAUAGCGAGGAUUUGCUUGAGGUUGAUCAGGAAGCGGAAGAAGCAGCUGCCGCGGCUGCUGCCGAAGAGGAGAAGACUGAAACCAUCGAAAGGAUAAUAGGGCAACGGAUGGGCAAGAAGGGUGCCACCGGAGCGGCCACUACAACUUAUGCCGUGGACGAGGGUGGCGAUCCCAACGAGGGUGUCGAUGAGAAAGAUGUGGAAAACACAGAACAACAGUAUUUGAUCAAAUGGUCUGGAUGGUCGUAUCUUCACUGCACGUGGGAAUCUGACGAAACGCUCAAGGAACAGAAGGUGAAGGGUAUGAAGAAGCUGGAAAACUACAUCAAGAGGGAGAAGGACAUCGAGUACUGGCGAAAGUAUCAAGCGGGACCCGAGGACAUCGACUACUUCGAAUGCCAACAAGAACUCCAGCAAGACCUCCUAAAGAGCUACUACAACGUCGAACGAGUGAUAGCGCAAGUGGAGAAGCCGGAAGGUGGAAUUGAUUAUCUGUGUAAAUGGGAAUCGCUUCCAUACGCGGAUUCUACGUGGGAAGAUGCAAGUUUGAUAGCCAAGAAGUGGGAAACGAAGAUUGAAGAAUUCCAAGAAAGAGAUAACAGCAAGAGAACUCCUUCAAAGCAUUGCAAAGUGAUAAAGAGUCGACCGAAGUUCCACCACUUGAAGUCCCAGCCGGAUUACCUGGGCGAGGAUCGAGGUUUGAAGCUCCGAGACUAUCAGAUGGACGGCCUGAACUGGUUGGUCCUGACUUGGUGCAAGGAAAACUCUGUCAUUCUGGCCGACGAAAUGGGUUUGGGUAAAACAAUCCAAACUAUCUGCUUCCUGUAUUAUCUGUUCAAAGCGCAACAACUGUAUGGUCCAUUCCUGUGUGUAGUUCCGUUGAGUACGAUGACGGCGUGGCAACGAGAGUUCACCAUUUGGGCCCCAGAGCUGAACGUCGUUACGUACUUGGGCGACGUGGCCUCUCGUGAAAUUAUCCGUCAAUAUGAAUGGUGCUUCCCUAAUCAGAAGCUGAAAUUUAAUGCCAUUCUGACCACGUACGAAAUUCUUCUGAAAGACAAAACCUUCCUGGGAAGCGUCAGCUGGGCUGUGCUCUUGGUCGAUGAGGCCCAUCGACUGAAAAACGACGAUUCUCUAUUGUACAAAGCUCUGGAAGAAUUCGACACCAACUAUCGGUUACUCAUCACCGGAACACCGCUCCAGAACUCCCUCAAAGAACUCUGGGCCUUACUACACUUCAUCAUGCCAAACAGGUUCGAUGCCUGGGAAUCGUUCGAAAGGCUCUACGGGAACACCAGUAGUGAUAAAUCGUACACCAAAUUGCACAAAGAACUCGAGCCGUACAUUCUCCGGCGAGUGAAGAAAGACGUCGAAAAAAGUCUUCCGGCAAAGGUGGAGCAAAUCCUCCGGGUGGAAAUGACUUCCAUUCAGCGGCAGUAUUACCGGUGGAUCUUGACGAAAAACUUCGACGCCCUGCGGAAAGGCACCAAAGGUUCGAUCAAUACAUUCCUAAACAUUAUGAUCGAGCUGAAGAAGUGCUGCAACCAUGCUCUGUUGACCAAACCGGAGGAAUUCGAAACCCAAACCAAUCAGGACGAGGUGGUAGUUCAGCUGCUGAAGGGAUCUGGCAAACUGGUCCUCUUGGACAAGUUGCUCUGUCGAUUGAAGGAAACAGGCCACCGAGUGCUUAUAUUCUCCCAGAUGGUCAGGAUGUUGGACAUUUUGGCGGAGUACCUGCAAAAAAGGCACUUCUCAUUUCAACGGUUGGAUGGCAGUAUUAAGGGCGAACUCCGAAAGCAAGCGUUGGAUCACUUCAAUGCGGAUGGAUCGACGGAUUUCUGUUUUCUGCUGUCGACUCGUGCCGGUGGGCUGGGAAUCAAUUUGGCCACUGCCGAUACGGUCAUCAUUUUUGACUCGGACUGGAAUCCGCAGAACGACCUGCAAGCGCAAGCCCGAGCCCAUCGAAUCGGACAGAAAAAUCAGGUCAACAUCUACCGGCUGGUGACAGCGCGUUCCGUCGAGGAAGAUAUUGUCGAGCGGGCGAAGAAGAAGAUGGUCCUGGACCAUUUGGUCAUUCAGCGGAUGGACACAACGGGUCGAACGGUUUUGGACAAGAACGGAGGCAGCAAUUCGACGAAUCCGUUCAACAAGGACGAACUGUCGGCGAUUCUGAAGUUUGGAGCCGAGGAAUUGUUCAAAGAAGACGAGGAAGGCGACGAUGAACUGGUAUGUGAUAUUGAUGAGAUUCUAAAACGGGCGGAAACCAGAGAUGAGAAUCCGGAGAUGCCGGGAGAUGAACUGCUUUCGGCGUUCAAUGUGAAGACGUUCGAUUUCGAUGAGGAGAAGGAAACAUCUGCGAUACGGAAUACCGUGAAACAACCAACGGAAGCUGAUCAGGAUGGAGACACCAAAGACUGGGACGAGAUUAUUCCUCAAAACUACCGAGAACGGGUUGAAGCGGAGGAACGGAACAAGGAGUUGAACGAUCUGUAUCUACCACCGAGGAGAAAGACCCUACAACAGCUGAACCAAGAAGAAGGCGGCGGCGGCAAGAAGAAGCGGAAGCGGCAUGCCGAUGACGACACAGAAGAUGAAUCGGAUGGCAGCGACGAUGGCAAAGCCGGUAAGAAACCAAGUGCAAGAGGAAGGCCCUCAAACAAAGAGAAAAUUCCUGGUUUUUCGGACAACGAGCUGAGACGGCUUAUCAAGAGCUACAAGAAAUUCCCUGCCCCGUUGAAGCGGUUGGAAGCCAUCGCAAUGGAUGCCGAACUGCAAGAAAAGCCCCUUUCGGAACUAAAACGAGCAGCGGAGAUGUUGUACGAUCGGUGUGUCCAGUUCAUGGAACAAUCAAAAGAGAACGAGGAAAAGGAUAAAACUUCUGCCGAGGAAAAAGCCAAGCGAGGUCCUCGUUCGGCGUUCUCGAUUCGCUUUGGUGGUGUGUCCUUUAAUGUGAAAACCCUCCUGCAGUGUGUCGAAGAACUGGCUCCUCUGGAUGAAUUUCUUCCGCAAGAUGCGGAUGAACGAGCCAAAUGGAUUCUGAACAUUAAAACCCGAUCGGCGAACUUUGAUGUCACGUGGAACAACGAAGAUGACUCACGGCUACUGCGAGGUAUCUACCAAUUCGGCAUCGGUUCAUGGGAGGCCAUGAAAAUGGAAGAAUCUCUGCAGCUGUCGGACAAAAUUCUUCUGAAUGAAACCGAUAAGAAGCCUCAAGCGAAACACCUCCAGUCUCGAGCCGAGUAUUUACUGAAGAUCAUCCGUAAGCACAUCGAACUCAAGAAGGGUGUCGGUAAAAAGCCUCGCAAACAACGUAAACCUCGCGGUGAAAGCAAAGCAAUCUCUGCGGAAAUGGUCCAUUCUCCGCUGUCUCCAGGAAAUCACAAGGAAGAUGCGGAGCACAACGAAACAUCCGCAGCGGAGGACAAGAAAGUCUCCCACCACGCGCCAAGUAUUCCCAAGAUCAAGAAAAUGUCCGAAUCGGAUUCGCACCACCAUCAUGAUCAUGAUACGAAUUCAAAUGGUCCCAAGGAAGAUCAUAAGGAACCUCACAAGGAGAAGAAGGAGCGCAAGAAGAAGGAGCCGAAGUCUAAAGAGACCAAGAAAGACAAGAAAAAGAACACGGGGCCAAUGCAUUUCACGGCCAACAACGAACCGUGUGCAUUGAACAUCAUCGGGGAUCUGGACCCGAGCGUGUUCAACGAAUGCAAGGAGAAGAUGCGGCCGGUGAAGAAAGCACUCAAGACGCUUGAUAACCCGGACCAGACACUGCCAGCGGAAGAACAGGUCAGCCAGACGAGGGCUUGUCUGCUGAGCAUUGGCAAACAAAUAAACCAGUGCCUCCUGGUCUACAAAGACCCGGAGAAAAUCAAAGAAUGGAGAAGCAAUCUGUGGUACUUUGUAUCGAAGUUCACCGAGGUCGACGCGAAGAAACUGUUCAAACUGUACAAGCAUGCACUGAAGAAGAGUGGCGAAAGUGACGAAAGUCACGGAAGCAGCGAGAAAAAGAAAGAUCAUCACCAUGGCCACCAUCAUCAUCAUCAUGGACACGGACAUGGUCAUGGUCAUGGUCAUCAUAAUGAAAAAGAUGGUGGUUCCGCCCAGAAUUCACCGGUCAAGGAGCCAAAAUCAAAGUCGAAAAACGUUCCUGGAGCACCGCAGGCUCUGCAGACGCUAGGUAAAAUCAAAAAGAUAAGCAAGAAAGACAACAGCCAGAAUCAGCAGCACCAGAGUGCACUGGUAGUGUCCACGCCAUUGGCCGACCAGGAAAAGGAGAAACCCUUGCUCAGCGAGCGACGGGACCGGAAGGAGAAGAAGCGCCUACAUGGUGGAACCGGUGCGCCCGAUCGGGGAGAAGAUGGAGGUGGCAAGGAUGACGGUUCGUAUCAAUCCAAGCGCAAGCUGGAAGAUGGCGAGUUGGACGAGAAUAGCAAGGAGUACAAGCGAUUGCAUGGCGAUGGAAGGAACAAUCGAGAUCGGGACAAAAAAUGGGAUGACUAUGACCGGGAUCGAGGCUCACGUGGCGGUGGCAUGUCUCGAGGUCCUCCCGGUACGCCUCAGGGAAUGCGCAGUGGUGGGUUCCAAGAUGGAGGAGGGCGCGGGGGACCCUAUCCGGACGAUCGGUGGAGUGGUCGAGAUAGGUUUAGUGACCAUAAACGUGACCGAUACGAUGGUUACAAUCGACACCCGCAAUCGAACUAUCAUCGCGAUCACCGGGACCGGGAUCGAGGUGAUCGAUCCUACAAGGAUAAGCGAAGAUACCCGCCCGCUCCAGGAGGCUACCCAAGCAACCAUUACGGCAUGCCACCGAGUGGUUACUACCCGCCAGGUGAUAAUCCGUACCGAUAUGCUGCCGGGUACGACCGAGGAGGAGGUCCGCCAGGUGGUGGAGGCGGCCCAGGGGGAGAUUUUAUGGACUAUCGAAGUGGUGGUGGUGGAGGCGGCGGCGGUGGAGGAGGAGGACGAGGGGAUUACGACCGAAGGCCACCUCCUCCGACUAGUUCGUAGGUUCCCAUCACUCCAAACAAAAACCACAACGUAGGCAGUGAAGCUGUGCAUGUGACGGCUAAGAUCUAAAUUAGACUUUUUUCUCAAUAUAAUAGUGUACAGAACCAAGGACAGAUUAUUUAACUCAGAAGAUGCUAUAUAACCUGAUAUAUAGUGAGAGCAAUUUGGUACUUUUUUGAUACCACCUUAGGGGCAUAACAAAUAGGAAUUAGUAAUUAUUUUCUCAGAAAACAAGUAAAUCUUGUUUUUUUAACUCAGUUGAUAAUUUAUUAAGUCGCAAGUUUUGCAAGUAAACAAAAAAGCGCAUCGCAAAUCGUUUCCUUCAUUUCCCGUUUUGUACAAUCCCCUCAUCGUGGAACAAACUCAUCUCAUAUUUUUCCGCUGGACGUAUAAAUUUACUGUUUUGGAUACCUCAAGUUUUCGUCCCUAGGUUUUAGACCGGCAAUAGAAGGAGGCAUUUUGUGUUCGAGCACAGUGACGCUGUGUGUAAAUAAUAGACGCGAAAAAAAAAUCCGAUUUUUUCUGUGUUCAUGUGGAUGUUCUAGGAUGCCGUCUCUAUAUUAUUGUGACCCGUGAUGUACAGUUGUAAAAAUUUGAUACAGGAGUUAGGUCGUAAGCAAUGGAAUCCGCAUGCAAAAAACAACGGAACACUCAACCAAGUGAAACUGACGGCGCGAAGCUGUGGUGUGAAUGUGCACUAAAGACUGGCAAAUAGUAAGGUCUUAACAAACUAAGGCUUAGGAGAAAACUAAUUUACCAACUAUUUUAAUUUAUACCAACACAACAAAAUCGAUUGUCGAUAAAAAGUCUAUUUUAUUUGCAAAAAAGAAAACAAAAUGAAGCCGUUACUGGUUGCAGAAACAUCAAACAUGUUGUCCUAAACCGUUUUAUUUCCGAAAUAGAAUGAAACAAAAUUCAUUUGCAAAGACUUCUGAAAAAUGACUUGUGCAUCUCUAAAAUGCCUAAACAAAACAUGUAACUAAGCGCAGUUAUCAGAAGAAAAAAGAUAAUGAAAAAAAAAGAGAUACAUUCUACAAUUGGAAGAAAAAAUAAUCAGUAAAACAAUAAACAACCAUCAACAUUAA